UUUGUGAUAUUAUCGUGGUAUUGUCGCAUGACGAAUUCGCGUGGAAUUAUGCACCAAAAAUUGAUAUGUACAUGGGAGUACAUAAAUUAAUUUAAAACCCUUCGCUUGAAGAUACUGGUAGGAGAUCGUAAAUUAACCCCGAGUUAAGAGCCGGUAGCAUAGAUCUAGCAGUAAAUCAUAGCGGAAUGUUUAAUUAUGUUGAGGUGACGAUAGUGAAACGAUUUUAUUUGCAGAAUUGAAAAUAUUUUUCGUAAGCUUGUAACAACUAUUAAAGUUCAUGUUUAAUAGGAAAACAAAGUACUAAUGUACAAAAGAACAAUGAGAAUUUAUAUUGUUAUAAGAAUUGAAUUUAAAUUUGCGGAAAAUAAGAAUGGAAAAGUAAAAAAGGACAGCGGGGAAAGUGAUUAUGACAAAUACGUGAUUGUUUGUCGAGUACACAAAGAAUAAGGGAGCUAGGCGAAAGAGAAGAUAAGAGAACUAUAUUUGACUUAUUCGAGUUCGGUAAUGAAACGAUUACCGAUCGGUAUAAAUUGAACAACGCAGAAAGACUGCGUUAACGUACAGAGACAGAAAACUGUUUAUUAGGAAGAUGGAAUAGAAAAGUUCUCCAGUAGUAAGGAUUUUGAACGGGCAGGUGGGCAAGCACACAGACAAACAGACAGACAGACAGACAAGAGAGCACGUAUUUUGUUUUGGGAUAAAGAAGCAUUGCAAUAGGGGAAUCGGGUGACAAAAAGGUAGGGUGAGAUAGAUGAAAAGAAAGUUAUAAGAGAAGCAAUGGUCAAGGGGAGUAAAAUAGACGAGCCAGGGAGGUUUCGACAACUUCUCGUUGCGCUAAUCGCAAACCUCUCAUCUCUGUCGCUUGGAACAAUGAUAGGUUGGCAAUCGCCAACGAUACCGCAACUACAAAGUGAGAAUCCGCCGGUGGGUAACGAGCCGAUGACGAAUGAAGCAGCAUCCUGGUUGACCGGGAUCACAUGCAUAACAGCUGCUUUAACAAGUUUGAUAGUCGGCACGAUAGCAAAUAGAUUCGGGCGUAAGAUGACCGGUUAUUUGAUGGCUUUCGCACUUUGUUCCAAUUGGUUGUUUACUGUCUUCGCGACGCAACAAACAUACUUAUUUGUCGCGCGUUUCUUUGCGGGUAUAUCUGGUGGGAUGGCAUUGUUUUUGGUGCCGUUGUACGUGUCUGAAAUCGCGAGCGAUGGAAUACGCGGAAUGUUAGGCAGCCUACUGGUAUUCUUGUUGAAUGGCGGCAUUCUUCUUGGCUAUAUACUUGGAGCUCUGCUCUCAUAUCGGUUAUUCUCGAUCAUAAUGCUUGCAUUACCUUUGUUGUACAUCGUGCUGUUUCCUUUCGUACCGGAAUCGCCUGUGUAUUUGUUGCGAUGCAAUCGAAUCAACGAAGCGGCUAGGUCUCUAACAUGGUUGAGAGGCGGACACAAGCCGACGAUGGAGCGAGAAAUGUUGCGUUUACAGGAAGAAGCGAAAGAGUUGGACGUUCCGGGACGAUCGACGAACAAGCUGUCAGAGAUGUUUCGAGACCAAGCAACGAUCAAAGGAUUGUUCAUUACCCUGGGGCUAUUCGGUGGACAACAACUUGCCGGGAUAUUUGUUAUGAUAAGCUAUACAGAAACGAUAUUUAAGAUAUCAGGAAGUUCACUGUCACCAAACAGUUCGGCAAUUAUCGUGGGCGUGAUUCAAGUGUUCGGCUCGUGCUUAUCUACCACGUUGGUGGAAAGAGUUGGUAGAAGACCGUUGCUUCUAACCUCCUGUUUAGGGAUGGGUACAUGCCACUUUGUGCUCGGAGUGUUCUGUUACCUGCAAACGCUUGGAUACGAUGUCAGCCAGUUCAGUUGGAUUUCAAUAGUAGCCUUGUCCAUUUAUAUGAUCGCAUACGGUUUAGGUAUGGGACCAGGUCCAUACGUGAUCUCUUCGGAAAUACUUAGCAGAGAUGUUGCGAGUUCCAUAGUAACUCUCGGGAUGUUUACCGCUUGGGGCAUGGCGUUCGUCGUCGUUAAGUUGUUUCCAAGUGUACUCGCUUUGUUAGGUAUGCACGGCUGUUUCUUUCUGUUCGGGAUCUUUUGCGCGACUACUUUCGCGUUUAUUUUUAUUCUUAUCCCAGAAACGAAGGGGCAACCUCGUCAAGUAAUUUUGGAUCGACUUAACGGUGUUUUUUACUCGUUAGACAAUAAACAAUAUGUUUCGUCAAAUGAAAUUACUAAAAGAAAUGCACCGCUACCUGAACUAAUUUGAGAACAUUGUAAAUAACGCUUUUCACCAUUCGUCAGUCGGACGAGUAAUUAAAUUUUGUCAAAGUACCUGAUCGUAUAGUAAACACAUUCGUAUGGUCUAUAGCGGAAAAGGAAACAGAAAAGGAAACAAAAAAUGAAUACAAGAGAAAUUUCCGUCUGUUAUGUAACUUGUGUUACAUAAACUACGAAUGAAAAAGAUAUUUCAUCUUAUAUUAUCAUUUCAUACAUGUGAUAUCUGUUUUUAAACAUGCUUAAAAUAUAACUAUCUUAUUUGGUU